UGGUACUAGAGUUUUUGAGCGCUUAGGGUAUUUCCCUAAUAUUGCACUCGAUUUGGUAUUUCUAGCCAAUUGUCUCUAUAUAGUAACUAUAUAUUUUGUCUAUAAGACUAUAAACAUACACAAAAAUAACGCAACUACAAGGCCACCAGUCCACCGUAAUUUGAAGUUUCAAAUAUUAUCAUUUGAAAAAACUGAGUUCACUCUGUAACAAGACGGUAUUUGGCAUGAACCAGGAAGAAUAUCUUGAAAGAUGUAAAGACAAUAAUUAUUGAAAAACGACCAAGAUUUGAGAACAUGCUCCGUCUCCAAGCAUCAGACACCAGCUCCAAUCUUCAAUAUAUUUUUGGCACUGUUUGGUAUUAUUAUUGCGCAACGAUGGAAUCGUGGAAAAUAUAAAAUAGAAUAUAAUGCAAUUAUAAAAUUGUAAAUAAAUAAAAUAUUGAGGAGAAAAAUUACAAAGGAAACACGUAUGUACCUCCACCUGACCUCCACAUAUUUUGAAUAUUAUCGUGAUUGUCAUUAACAUUUAUUUACACAUAAAUAUAUACACCAAUUAAUUGUGUUUCAAAAAAAAAAUAUACACCAAUUAAUUAUAUAUGAUGGUUUUAGUUAUAUCGUGACAUUGUUCAGAAAAAAGUUAGAUCGUGACAAAAAAAUGAUGGUUGUAGUUAUUUUUAAUAAAAAAAAUGUUGGGAACGAAUAAUUUGAUAUUUGGUUUUAUAGUGCUAAUGGCUAUAAGUUUGUAGGCUUUUAUCCCUGUAAAUAUUUUUCCGUUGUUUCUCCCUAUUCAUAUGUAUAUUGCAAUUGUUGUUCUCUAAUAUAAUUAAUGAAAACAGUAGGUAAGCAAACCUAAAGACAAUCACAACUUCGUAGCAAUUGUGCUUCCAAAAAUAAAUGCCUCUAAUCAAGAAACAAAUCAAUCUUCCUUAAUUAAUAAUAAUAGGGUUUAUUAGUUCGUAAUUUGAAUCUAAAUGAGAGAGGCGGAGAGGAGAAGUACAGGGACAAAAAGACAGAUAAGCUAAUUGUGCGGUGGACUUUACACAUAACAUUGUCAGUCACGAGUCUUUCUCGUUCUAAUAGCACCAAACCCUAUGUUUGUUCUUUUCUUCUUCCCUUUUUGUUUGAUCACACUUUAUUUGGAUUCUCGAAAUCCAUAGGUCUCUCUAUCUCUAUUGACCAUACCCUUGUAAUGACCCAUUAUCUCAUCUCUUCCAGUUCUCGUGAUAUAUGACUUUCUACUCUAUUAUUAUUACGUGCAAACCGGGGCAAUAGUAUAUCUUUACCAUUUUAUAAAUGAUAUGAAUGGUUGCACUCCAUGGAUUUUAUUUGAAUGAUCGACUGAAUAUCUAUGUUGGUUGGAUACAAACUUGAUAACUAUAACAGUCAAUUGACCCGUUCUAACAUCAAAUUAGUUUACAUUUCGACAUACGAAACAUAAUUUAAAGAGUGUUCUCCACUAAAUGUUAAAAUGGUUGUGAUUUUAAAUGAUAAAAUGAUUCUGAUUUAUAUCAUUUUAAGUGUUUAAAACAACUACCACCAAAAACCUCGUAACAUGCUAUUAGUUAUUUUCAUUUUAACUAUUAACACGUGAAGACAUCUAUUUAAAAAAAAAUCGAAAAAAAACCGGACAUUUAUGGUUAGACCGGUGUAGAACAUGUGGUCCAUUUGGCCUUAGGACCAUAUGCAUAACUCGAUCUAGUUGUUGUCUUCUUCUAGCGAACUUCAGAUUCUUACACCCACAAACACUUCGAGUUUCUUCCCAUUGGCACAAAACUCAACUCAUUUCUUUCUCUUCAUUUUCAAAAUUUCAUAACUCUCUCCUCUCGCUCCCUCUCUCACCCCUCAAGACAUAUAUUUGUAGAGAAUCCAUUGUAAUGGGAGAUCACAGAAGAAAAGCUAUCUCAGUUACUCUGUUUCUUGCAAUGACAUUGAUAUCACUCACCAACGGUGAUACCAACUCAAUCCAGCUAAACGAUGACGUUUUGGGUCUCAUCGUCUUAAAAUCAGACCUCCACGACCCAUCUUCACACCUGGCGUCUUGGAACGAAGACGAUGCCUCUCCUUGCUCAUGGAGCUACGUCAAAUGCAACCCCAAGACAUCUAGAGUCACCGAGCUCUCCCUCUCCGGUUUAGGACUAACCGGAAAAAUCGGUCGUGGGAUCCAAAAGCUUCAGCACUUAAAGACACUCUCACUCUCCAACAACAACUUCACCGGAAACAUCAUGUCUCUCUCCAACAACAACAACCUCCAAAAACUCGAUCUUAGCCACAACAAUCUCUCCGGUACAAUCCCAUCUUCUCUCGGUUCAAUUAAAUACCUAGACUUAACCGGAAACUCCUUCUCCGGUACACUCUCUAACGAUCUCUUCACCAACUGCUCAUCUCUCACGUAUCUGUCUCUCUCUCACAACCGCUUCGAAGGUGAACUCCCAAGUACUCUGUCCCGAUGCUCAGUUUUGAACACUCUCAACCUCUCAAGCAACCGUUUCUCCGGAAACCCUAGUUUCGUUUCCGUGUUGUGGAAGCUAGAGAGGCUAAGAACGUUGGAUCUAUCGUUCAACGCUCUCUCCGGAACGUUACCUUUGGGGAUACUCUCUCUGCAUAGCUUGAAAGUGUUGCAGCUACAAGGGAACCGGUUCUCAGGACCAUUGCCUUCAGACAUUGGACUCUGUCCUCAUUUAAACACAGUUGACUUGAGUUUCAACCGUUUCUACGGCGAGGUUCCGACGACUCUUCAGAGGCUGAAGUCUUUAAACCAUUUAGAUUUGUCCAAGAAUUUUCUCUCCAGUGGCUUCCCGGUUUGGAUUGGUGACAUGACCGGUUUAGUACACUUGGAUGUCUCCAGAAAUGAGUUAACCGGAGCCAUUCCUUCUUCAGUUGGUAGCUUGAGGUCUCUAAAGGUUAUAAUCUUGUCUGAGAACAAACUCUCCGGGGAGAUUCCGGAAUCUUUGGAGUCUUGCAAAGAGCUUGUGAGUGUUCAGCUCAAGGGCAAUGGCUUUGUUGGUAGCAUUCCUGAUGGUUUGUUCAAUCUUGGUUUGCAAGAAAUUGAUUUUUCCGGUAACGGUUUAACCAGUUCGAUCCCUAGAGGCUCAAGCAGGCUCUUUGAGUCACUAGUAACACUUGAUCUUUCGUGUAAUAGUCUCACUGGUAACAUACCUGGUGAAGUAGGGCUAUUCAGCAACUUGAGAUACUUAAACUUGUCAUGGAACAAGUUUAACACAAGAGUUCCUCCAGAAAUAGAGUUCCUACAGAAUCUGACAGUCUUGGAUCUAAGGAACAACGCGUUGAUCGGUUCGGUUCCAGCUGAUAUAUGUGAGCCUCAGAGUCUAGAGAUCCUUCAGUUGGAUGGUAACUCACUAACCGGUUCUAUACCGGAAGGAAUUGGAAACUGCUCCUCUCUUAAAUUGUUGAGUUUGUCUCAUAACAAUCUUACUGGUCCUAUUCCCAAGUCAUUAUCAAAGUUACAACAACUAAAGAUUCUAAAGCUAGAGGCCAAUAAGCUUAGUGGCGAGAUACCAAAAGAGCUAGGGGGAUUGCACAAUUUGUUAUUGGUUAACAUAUCGUUUAACCGACUCAUUGGAAGGUUACCUAAUGGAGGUGUGUUCCAGAGAUUAGACCAGAGUGCUCUUCAAGGAAACUUAGGCAUUUGCUCACCCUUGUUGCGAGGACCUUGCAGGAUGAAUGUUUCAAAGCCUAUUGUCAUCGAUCCGAACUCCUAUGGAAACAGGAAUAACAAUGAGGGAAGGCAUGGAAACCGUACAAGCAAUGGCUCAAGCAAGUACCACAAUGGAAUGUUCCUUAGUGUUUCAGUUGUUGUAGCUAUAUCAGCAGCUAUACUCAUCUUCCUAGGAGUCAUAAUCGUAACGCUUCUUAAUGCAUCGGUGAGAAGAAAACUUGCGUUUGUAGACAACGCGUUGGAUAGCAUAUUUUCAGGGUCUUCCAGAUCGGGAAGAAGCUUAGUGGCCGGGAAACUUGUUAUGCUAAACUCAAGAACGUCGUGGUCCUCGUCUUCGUCUCAAGAGUUUGCUAGAAACCCUGAGUCUCAUCUCAAUAAAGCUUCAAGAAUAGGUGAAGGAGUGUUUGGAACAGUCUACAAGGCACCGUUAGGAGAACAGGGGAGUAACUUGGCGGUCAAGAAACUUGUCCUGUCCCCGAUUAUCGAAAACCUAGAAGAUUUUGAUCGAGAAGUCCGAAUCUUGGCGAAGGCGAAGCACCCUAAUCUAGUCUUGAUCAAAGGGUAUUACUGGACACCGGAGACGCAGCUUCUGGUGUCUGAAUACAUUCCAAAUGGAAACUUGCACUCCAAGUUACACGGAAGAGAACCCUCGACGCCGCCUCUUUCUUGGGAUGCAAGAUACAGAAUCAUCCUCGGCACAGCCAAAGGACUCGCUUAUCUCCACCACACGUGCCGUCCAACAACCAUCCACUUCAACCUGAAACCAUCCAACAUCCUCCUCGACGAAAAAUACAACCCUAAAAUCUCUGACUUCGGACUAUCUCGUCUUGUAACACAAGACGGGAACACGAUGAACAACAACAGGUUUCAGAACGCUUUAGGUUACAUGGCGCCUGAACUAGAGUGUCAAAACUUAAGGGUCAACGAGAAAUGCGAUGUUUAUGGGUUUGGGGUUCUGAUACUCGAACUCGUGACUGGUCGGAGACCCGUGGAGUACGGUGAAGACAUCUUUGUGAUACUUAGCGACCAUGUUAGGAUUAUGUUGGAACAAGGGAAUGUGUUGGAGUGUAUUGAUCCCACGAUGGAGGAUGAAUACUCUGAGGAUGAGGUUUUGCCUGUUGUGAAACUUGCUCUUGUUUGUACUUCUCAGAUACCUUCAAACCGGCCUACAAUGGCGGAGAUUGUUCAGAUCUUGCAGGUCAUUACUUCUCCUGUUCCUCACAGGAUGCUGGAUAGUUUCUAAAUAAUUAUGUAAUAAUUUAAAUUUCCCAUUAGAUUCUUGUAAUUUUUUCUUUUCUUUGUUUAAAAAAAAAGCCUUUUGUAGAGAUUGCUUUCUUGCACAACGCUACGUUUCAUCAUCAUCUUACAUACCAUUGAACAUUGCUAUCA